AUGGAAGCACACGAGGCUCAGUCGAAAAGCUUCCAGGUCGUCAUUCAAGACUUGGGGGAACAAGAAGGGCAUACCUUCUCAGUCGAUGACCCAGAGCUCCGCGAAAUCAUCAAAGCCGGUAUUGACCGCGCCGCGGGUAAAGGAUAUGGGAAAGGUCGCAGCCGGUUCCGAGAUCUCGUCUUUACUCGCCAGUUCACAACGUUUGAUCGCCAGAACCCGCGCGGGGCUCAGUCUCCCUUCCACGGCUUCUUCACCUUGUUCUGGCUUGCCAUGGCGCUGUUGCUCGUGAAGAUCGCCGCCUUGAACUGGAAGAAUCAAGGCUCCGUGUUCGGGAGGGCCGAGAUACUCCACUUGAUGAUUGAUCGCGAUUUGUUUGUGCUUCUGGCUACGGAUGGAGCAAUGUGUCUCUCCACCAGUCUUGGCUUCCUUCUCCAGAAGUCUAUCGCCAACGGUUACCUGACCUGGGAUGGCUGGGGUUGGAUCAUCCAGUCAGUCUGGCAGGUACUCUUCACAGCAACCGUUAUCUGGUUCAGCUUCUAUCGAGAGUGGCCCUGGACCCAUACUGUGUUUAUUGUCCUGCAUGUGUUUGUGCUUCUCAUGAAGCAGCAUUCAUAUGGCUUCACCAAUGGCUACUUAUCGCGAGUCUUCCGUCGCAAGAAGCUUUUACAGGAGAAGCUAGGGCAACUGGAAUCGCUCGAGCCGACUAAAAGUUCCUCCCCCUUGCUCUCUCGAACCUCAGCCUCUGGGGCUGACUUGAGAAGAGUUGACACCCCAAGGCACCGUCGCCGCAGCAUGGGUCCCAAAUUUUCGACCGACUUCUCCAGCGAAGGCUCCGAAAUCGCUCUUAUGGCCAACGCCAUCGAAGCCGGCUCCCCGCUGGAUGCAUCCCAAAUCCAAGCCUUCACCCGCGUCAUUGAAACCGAGAUGACCAUCUUGAACGAAGAACUCCGUGGCACGAGUACGUCCCCGCAGAAGGCCUACCCGCACAACCUCACGCUUUCCGAUUUUGUCGACUGGGCAUGUCUCCCAACUCUUGUCUACGAAGUCGAAUAUCCCCGCCAACCAGACAUCAAUUGGUAUUAUGUGGCCGAAAAGUCGGCCGCCACGCUUGGCGUUAUCUGGAUCAUGAUCAUCGUGUCCCAAGCCUACAUCUACCCCGCCGUCAUGGAAGCAGUCCGCCAACGCGACGUACUCGGUGUUCCGCUCGAGACUCGCUGGAGAGAAUUUCCCUGGCUCGUGUCGGAUAUGCUGUUCCCGCUUCUGCUGGAGCAACUCCUCGCGUGGUAUGUCAUUUGGGAGUGCUUGCUCAACGUGCUAGCCGAGGUGACGCGCUUUGCGGAUCGUAGCUUCUACGGCGAAUGGUGGAACAGCACCAGCUGGGAUCAGUAUGCGCGGGAUUGGAAUCGGCCCGUGCAUCAUUUCCUGCUCCGACACGUCUACCAUAGCUCCAUCUCGGCGCUUAGGCUGAGCAGGCUGCAGGCCACCUUCGUCACCUUCCUGCUCAGCGCCGUGGUGCACGAGCUGCUGAUGUUUUGCCUCUUCAAGAAGGUGAGGGGGUACUUGUUUGCGAUGCAGCUGGCGCAGUUGCCGCUGGCGGCGUUGAGUCGAACGAGGUUGCUCAAGGGGAGGGAUACGCUGGGGAACGUCAUCUUCUGGCUUGGCCUGUUUAUUGGGCCAAGUGUGCUAACGGCGUUGUACCUGGUUGUCUAA